AAUCAGAACGUCAUUUUCGCGGAAUGAAAACAAUUUUUUUGAAAUUUUCAGAAGGAAUUCUCACGCAGGAUUUUCCGUAAAAAUUGAUUAAGAAAACGACGCCCGAACCGAAAAUGUACCUUAUAUUUGUGAUCACGUUUAUUUGCUUUCUGAUGGCGUUCAGCUCAAAAUGCACCAAAAAGAUAACACCUUUGCUGUUCCGCGAUAGUCCGGAAGUAUGUGCUCUCAAGACGGAGAUCGCCACUUUACGGACCGAACUGUCGAAAAUAUCGAUGCGCGAGGAAUACAUCAGAUACGUGAAAUGUGAAAGAACGGUUGUCGCGUUGGAAACGAAGCUAAACGAAGCCAAAGAGCGCGACAACGUGACCCGGGUGAUGUACGAGUACGGUAUUCAGUACGGAUCCAUGGCGGUUCUGGGACUAGUGCUGAUUUGUAUUUCCUUCUAUUACCGUUACACCCCGAUCAUCGUUUUUGGGAACAACUUUAAUUUUGCACCCUUUGGGUGGUUCAUCAAGUUUCCCACGGACGUGCACAACUCGAUUUCGGUGGUGUUCUGGAUUGUGGUCAACAAUUUCGUGGCACGGACUGUGGCGAGCCACGUGAAAUAAACGAUCUGAGCUGCCAUUCACGGCUAACGAUG